AUGUCCGCCCCCGAAGCCGAAUACUCCACAGACAACGCCCCAUCCCAAAACGACUACGUCUCCCGCACAGGACAAAAAGACAUCGUCCCAGUCCAAAGCGACGACGCCGGGGUCGAAGAUCCUAUUGACGCCGAAACGGCCGAUUCAGAUGCUCAAUUGGAGCGYGAUGAAGAGCAAGCGAUAGAUUCCUCUAAUAUUAUUGAAGAGCGGACUCGGGGUGCGGCGAAGAGUGAUGGGACUUAUACUGAGCCUGGUGAUGAGGAGGGAUUGCCUGGUGCGGAGGAUGGGACUAGUAGUGGUGCUGCGCAGUAG